AUUCUCCUUACUGAAUUUCGAUCCGUAAGAUUUGCUCAAAAAUUGGACGUGUACCACUAUGUCGUGCCGUAAAAAACACGAAGCUCUUCUGAAUCGGUCGGCUCUUUGUAAUUUAUUUUUAUUCGUUCGCUUUUUUGCCCUCAGUUGAUUCAGGAUCAAUGCAAGUGAUCAGAAAAAUGAGGCUCGAGCUGAGCUUGCUUGCGGCGUUGUGGACAUACCUUUCCGUAGGCCUGUCGAGCGGCUAUGCGCUUCCGCAGCCCCGAGCACUGACAGCCUGGACUAUCGGAAGCUCUGUGGUUCCGGAGCUACGCAGCGAAAGCUACUUACAGGCCUUGAGCACAAUCAAAGAUUCAGAGAGGCCCAACGACAGAGAACUUAAAGCGGCAACGGUCUCGGCGGCGGAUCUAUCUUCAAAGGAGAACCCUCCGUUUCCGAUUGUUCUUUGGAGGUUUUCCCGCCCCCAUACUCUAAUUGGUUCGGCGCUCGCAAUUCCCGCUCUACAUUCCUUGGCGGCUCCGUCACUACAAGCUGCUAUGUCUAGGAUUAACAUUCAGGCUAUGGCUUACGCCAUGUUUCCUGCUUUACUGAUGAACAUAUACAUUACAGGACUGAACCAGAUUACGGAUGUGGAAAUCGACAAGAUCAACAAGCCGUUUCUACCGAUCGCCGCCGGUAUUCUCAGUAAAAAGGACGGUAUCGCCACAAUCCUUCUUGCUCUUUUUGGCUCCCUUUGGCUGGGUGCAGCAAACCCCGUGUUCAGUACACAAGGAUUGAACGUGGCUCUGUGGGGCUCGGGGAUAUUGGGUACCAUGUACAGCCUUCCACCUUUUCGUCUCAAGCGAUUUCCACUUCUCGCCGCCUUCUGCAUUGUAGCAGUUCGGGGGGCUAUAAUCAACGCGAGUUUUUUUGCGCAUGCCAAGGCUGCCGCUUUUGGAGGUUCAGGAGUCACCGUUCUGAAUUGCCUAGCAACCGACCCUCGUUGUUAUUUGUCUAGCAUAUUUUUUGCUGUCUUUGGAAUUGUGAUUGCACUGAUGAAAGAUGUCCCUGAUGUGGCGGGAGACAGGAACUCAAACGUACGCACGUUCUCGGUUCGUCUUGGACAAGGACGCAUUUUCCAGGCAUCCCGGCGCCUUUUGUCGGGUCUCUUCUGGACUGUUGGGGUAGGCUUUGGGAAGGCAGCGUUCCAAGCUCCAACUGCAGGCUUGGCAGCAUCCAGGAGUCUGACGGCUGUUGCUGCCUUUUUGGGUGGAUGCUCAGUGCGCAAGGAUGCACAAGGAGUGGAUCCCGAGAAUGCUGGACAGGUUUACAGCUACUACAUGCAUUUAUGGAAACUCUUUUACUUGAGUUACUUGGUAUUGCCGUUUGCUCGAUGA